AUGGAAAAGGUAGACAAUACCAUUACUUUGGAUCAGAGCAGCCGGCGCAAACAGAUGAACAGGAUUACGAAACUCGGCUUGGAAAAGAAAGAUUCUGAAGAGAUUAAGUUCCACAUUGGAAAAAUUGAGGUCAAUGUUGGGGAGCAGGUCAAGAAAGGGUUGUCUUUCAUCCAAUGGGCCCAGGGAUGGGUUGGCCAAGCUGUGGCUUUAUCUCCUGAAGCUUCUGUAGCCUGGGCUGUUGUUUCUUUGGCGCUACCUCUACUCACGAACCCAAUUUCGACGACCGAAGCACACGAAAAUGGCUACGAAAAGGUUACAUCUCUCAUGCAGUAUUAUGUAGCAGAGCUUCGAAGGCGCGUCAUUGAACUUUACAAAGCCAUUCUUGACUUCCAGAUACAAAGCGUCCUUCGCUUUUAUCGAAAUCGCCUGAAGUUGUUUGCCGCCGACGCGCUUUGCCUGACUGACUGGGAUGCUUUGACCCGCGCGGUCGAGUUGCGCGAGGCCGACGUCAAAGAACUGAGCCAGCAUAUUCUCUCGACAAAAACCAACCAUUCCCUCGAACUCUUGAGAGAGGAAGCUAUCGAGGUACAGAAGCAGUGGCAUCUACAACUCUCUGCUCUGGAGGUUUUGUCAAAGGAAAACCUUGCGACCAGCAAGGAGAUUCUGGUAGUGUCUGCUCAGAACGGCGAGACAGCCAAGAAGCAGCUCGCAUCUUCUGAGCGAGUAGAGGCUACAUUGAAAGAGCUUCACAAUAUGGCCAUCAAGCUUGUUUCCGACAAGUCGGUGGAGAAGAUCGAGCUGAUGCGACUGUUCGCCGAACAGGUCUCCUACGAUGCUGGGCCAGAGAAGACCAAGAACCGCAUCGUUGCGGAAAGUCUGUCAUCUCCAGACAUUUGA